AUAAUAAACAGACAGAAACAAAAACAAGUGAAUCAGUCAAGCUCACUGUUUUCUAUCUGUUGUGUGUAUGAAAGAAAGAGCAUGGAAAACCACAGUCUCCCUCUGGAGUUGACAAGAGAAAUUCUUCUGAGAUUGCCAGCGAGAUCUGUGUUGCGUUUUAAGUGCGUGUGCAAAUCAUGGUAUUCUCUCAUUUCCACUCCUCAAUUUGGUAUUUCCCAUUAUGACUUAGCUGCUUCACCCUCUCAUAGACUUCUUAUCAAAUCGAAGGAUUUUCAUGUUCAAUCCAUUGAUAUAGACGCACGCCUUUUCAAGCAAUCCAUUGCGUUGCAUUUUCUUUGCCUCCCUCCACCACCCUUACGCCCCAGUGAUGAUUUUCGUUACAAAUAUGGGCUUCUGGGUUCAUGCAGAGGACUGGUACUUUUGUACUACCAGGGAGAUCUCAUUCUUUGGAACCCAACAAUAGGUGUUCAUAAACGAUUCCCAAACUUUGAAUGUGACUUAGCCGAUGAAAUUCUGCAUGCUUUUGUGUAUGAUACAUCGACAACUAACUACUGUUUGAUUCUUAUUGGAACGGACGAGUCUCAAAGUGAUGAGCGCAGAGCUGAAAUCCUGAUUUUCUCUUUUAAAACUGCUUUGUAUGUUCCAUUUAAGAGCUUUUAUUUUCCAUUCAAGUGUAUGGGAGACAAAUUCAGCGCUGGGGUAUUGUUCGGUGGAGCUGUUCAUUGGUUGGUUUUCACACAGGAUGAAGAUCUCCCUGUGAUUAUUGCCUUUGAUAUGAUACACAACAGGUUAUCAGAAAUUCCUCUCUUUGACCAUUUCACUACACAAAGAUACAGACUUUAUAGUUUUGGGGUAAUGGGAGAAUGUCUCAGUGUGUGUUGCUCUGUCAGAGGCCGUACGAGUGCAGAAAUAUGGAUGAUGAAAGAAUAUAAAGUGCAGUCAUCUUGGACUAUGUGUGUGGUCGUACCCUUUUAUAAAUUUCUCAACGACCGUUUUUGCCCCAUUUGCACCACUAAGGAUGGUGAAAUUUUUGGAUCAAACAUUGGAGGAAGAUUAGAGAAACGUAAUCAUAAAGGAGAGCUGCUUGAGUUUCUCAAUUUUGGUGGAGGUGGAGAGUUGUUCUGUUUCAAUCUACAGUCUGCUGUGUAUAGAGAGAGUCUACUGUCUCCAAAUAAUGAAGAUGAGCAGCAGUAACAGACAAGAAAAUUCAAGGCCAUGAAAUAUACAUCUACCUUGAACUGAUGACACGGCUAGCAGGAACAUAGCACUUAGAAGUGAAUCCUUACAUAUUACAUUAAAAUCAGUUUUAAUGCAGGAAUAGUGGUGGUGAUUUCAGUAAAGUUGGAUUAUCACAGACUUUGUAAUUUACUUGUGUUUCAGACUAUCUUUAGAUUAUCUUUUUUUGCUCUUAAUGCUAUGGUGUUUGCAAUUUGUU